GGCCGCCUAGUGAAAGCCAACAUGUCGGCGGAUGCGAGUCUGGAGGAGCUGGAGGCGCGGCUUGUGACGUUCACAGAGCAGCUGCAGAACAUCCAUGAGCUUUUGCAGAGUGACCCCACAAAUACCGAGUUCCUGAGUAUCGCCAAGGACCUCGUGGAGGUCAUCCAGCUCACUAAGGAGACGAUCGAUCUCAAGGUGAAUGCUGCCUCGUCCUCCCAAGUUACUGAGUCGCAGAAGACCCAGGAGCCACGUCAGGAGUCUUUGACGCUCGAACUGAAAUAUGAACCAGGCUCAGUCGUCGAGGCUCUACAGCAAGGAGUGUGGUACCCAGCCCACGUGGACUCGUUGACGAGCGAUGGUAGCUACAACGUCAAGUUCCUGGGCUUUGGUACCACCGCAGAGCUGAAAGAAGACGCUCUAAGAGCCAUUGAAGUCGACGAAGAUCAAGCUUCCCAGCUGCCAGCUAAGGAGACCAUUACAGAGGGAUUCAAGUGCCAGGCUAAGUACUACGCGGACGCUGUAGUAUACCCCUGUUCAGUCACAAAGGUCACUGAAUUGGGCUUUCAGGUGCUGUUUGACGGCUAUGGCAACUCGGAGGAGGUGCCGUACGAGUAUUUGAGACCUACAGCGCUGCUACAGUCGGAGGUAGGCCCUAAUACUGCUCAGACUAGCCCUACUAACGCAGUUGAUGGUGCUACUGCGCUUGCUGGUGCUGCAACAGCCCCUAAAGUGGCACCUGCGGUGAUCCACAAGCCCAUUAAGAUUCCAGAGAACCUGCAGAUUUUGCCCUCGGACACGGAGGCUGAAAAGGAACGCAAGCGUAAGCGUAUCCGUGCAAUUAAGAGCCUGAACCGACACAAAACUAUUGACAACGAACGCAACAUCAAGCAGCACGACUGGAAGGCGUUCCAAUACAAGGCCAAGAAGAAAGGUUUGAAGAAAGGCGUCAGUGGAGUGCUCUCUAAGCGUGGUUCCAGUAUGUUUGCUUCGCCCGACACGGUACAGGGCCGUGUGGGCGUUGUGGGCAGUGGCCAGGGCAUGACUACCUUCCAGGAUACACGAACCAAGAAGCCGAAGCACGCUUAAAGAAGUUUGUUCAAAUCUUCUGCAGGAGCGUUACCCGUUUAGACGAUGUCCUCAGCGGUGCUUAUCUUGCCGUGUUGGUGACGUGCUGACCCGGUCAAUCGCAGACUGUUUUCUCUGCUCCUAGCGCUAGCGUUGGAAUUUCCGGAGCCGGUACGUGACCUAUCGCCUCUGGAAUUGUUGCGCAGAUGGUCGUACUGGGAGUCGUCACUCCGUGCUGCUUCGAGGAUAUCCGGCUCGCUCCAACCGUGGCCCCCAAAGCGUGGCGUGGAGCUCCCUCGACUGCCUGUUCUUGACACGUUUCCGUCUGGGGGUGAAGCCAUUAUUGUUUUUACCGGCAGCGUAGGCAGCAACAUCGAGGCAUUUGUUGACAGGAGCUCUUCGUCAAACGGUGACUGCAGCUCCACUACGUCUGUGUAGCCCGCUAAAGACGAAGGUCGUCCAGCCGAAGAAGCAGAUGAUAUCGGAGAUAAAACCGCCAUCGCCCCCAAACUUGCUUCGAGAUCACCUUGGUCUUCUUGCUGACGCCGCUGAAGACGCCGCUGUCGCGCCUCGUUCUGUUGGUGCACUCUCAAAAAAUUCGUGAGCUGCUCGAAACUCUGUUCGUAGCCCAAAGAGGCGUUAAAGUGGUGCACCAUGCUCCGUGAGAAGGUGUAGCGCUUGGCCAGAUCCACUUUGUGAAGCGACAGGAGAAUCGGAACCAGAAGCUUCCCUCGAUCCUCUGCAAACGCCAAUUGGUCGGACAGCAGAUCGCAAUUCGCUGACAGUGGUGACAACACUACCAGCACAGCAGAACAAGACAGAAUGGCGUCCUUUGCAGCAAGCUGGCGAGUUUGAACAGGUAGACGAGCAACUGGCUGGUCAGGUCCACCAAAAUCUGUGCCAAAGCCUCGACUCUGAGCCUCUGCACCCACGUGAUCUGAUGGCUGGUGCGCGUAUUGUACAGCAGGGACAGUUUGAUCCACGACACAGCGAAUGCCUUGCUUCAGUAGAGAUUUUUGCAGCCGCAAGCAGAAGGAAUGAUGAAAAUCUCCAUGUGCGAUGAAUACGAACGAGUCGGUGGCAGAAGUGAAGGCGAGAGAUGAAGCGAGCGACUCGAUCCUUCGCAGAGGACGGAAAAGCGGCACAUUAAGUGGGCCUUCCGGGAAGCUGAUCUGUGCGUCGGAGUCUUCACAUUCACCAGUAUUGCCAGAUGCAGUGGGCAUUCCACACAGUUCUUUGUCUUCUUCCUCGGGGUAGCACUCACUAUCGUUGCGACGACUUCCAUGACGAGAUGUAUCUUCGCCAGCUCUACCACCAGUAUCAUGGCCAGGCAUCUGUGCCUGUUGUUGCUGUUGCUCUUGCCGUCGCGCUAGUCGUGCACGAUGCUCUUCGAUCUGAUCUUGAAUGCCAUCAAGAAGCAUUCGCAGACAGUGGCAAAAGGCCUCAUCAUUGUAGUCGGGAACAAGCUCGAGGUUGCUGGCAACGCGCUUGCCCACCAUAUUCGUCACCUCAUUAUCGUCCUCGAUCCGGAACUCUGACUCGUCCUCACGAGAAUCUGUGUCCUCAAUGGUAUGUGAACUGUUGCUUGUUAUCAUAGGCCGAGCUUCCUUGACACCGUCACCUUUAUCUUCGGAUAACGAGUAUGGGGCAUGCUCACUGGUUUCCAUGGUAUAGUUGUGCUUGACCGCUGGUCUGAAGUCAAUCACCUGACGAGUCCAUAGGUAAACCUGCAGUUCCUCGGAGAUCUCCAUGUCUUCGCAUUGGAUGGCUACGACAGGGAUGUUCUGCAUUUUAGCGAACGCCAGCUCCUUCAUGCACCACUGCGACUGCGGAUAGUCUUUGGUCAGUACAGCCAGCACAAGUGCACUGCUUUGAAUGCCUCGAGCAAUUUCCUGUCGCCAGACCGAACCACCAGUAAUACCUGUAGGUCCCAUGGUGUCGAUCCAGGUCGUAACUCGCUGGCGUUCCAGUGCAUCUCGAAUCUUACGAGCCAACGGAGCAUGUGCGUGGCUGUAGCUGAUCAUAACAUCGCGUUGACCUGCCUCCUUCUUCACAGCAAACCGCAGAGCUGGCGAUCGCGCACAGUCAAUCGCCCGUUGUCCGAGAAGAUUCACAGCCGUCAAGCUUAAACCAGCGCGCACGAACAACACGGCUGCGGUCUGGUUACGUCGCCGUAGCGCCACGUGAAGAGCAGAAUCGCCAUUGCUCGUGCGUGUAGCGUGCAGGUCUACACCGUAGUCAAGCAACAACUGGAAG